AAGGUGUGCAAACACCUGGCGAGCAGUCGGGAUGCAGCAGAGAGGAGCCGCUGGAGCCCGUGGCUGCGCGCUCUGGCCACUGCUGUGCGCGCUGUUCCAGAGUGUUUAUAUCGUCCUUUCCUUGGAGAUUAACGCAGAUGCCCACGUCCAAGGCUAUGUUGGAGAAAAGGUCAAGUUGAGGUGUACCUUCAAGUCAACUUCAGAUAUCACUGACAAGCUGACCAUUGACUGGACGUACCGCCCUCCUGGCAGCAGUCGCACAGAGUCGAUUUUUCAUUACCAGUCUUUCCAGUACCCAACCACAGCUGGCACAUUUCGGGAUCGUAUUUCCUGGGCUGGAAAUGUGUACAAAGGGGAUGCGUCCAUAAGCAUAAGCAGCCUCACCCUGAAGGACAAUGGCACAUUCAGCUGCGCUGUGAAGAACCCCCCAGACGUGCACCACAACAUCCCCCAGACGGAGCUCACGGUCACCGAAAGGGGUUUUGGCACGAUGCUCUCCUCUGUGGCCCUUCUCUCCAUUCUUGUCUUCAUUCCCUCAGCAGUGGUGGUGGUCCUGCUGCUGGUGAGAAUGAGCCGGAAAGCUGCAGGGCUCAAUAAAAGGAGCAAGUCUGGCUAUAAGAAAUCAUCUAUUGAGGUGUCUGACGACACUGACCAGGAGGAGGAUGAUGAUUGCCUGACAAAGCUUUGUGUCCGCUGUGCUGAGUGCCUGGAUUCCGACUAUGAGGAUACCUAUUGAGAAAAGUGUGCGGAAGAUAGAGUCACCUAGGAACAGUAACGACCCCAUCCCACCGGCAGCUGAGACCUCUCGGAGGAGCAGAACUGACCUGGACAGCAGGGACAAGGAUUCGGGAGGUCAUCAAUGAAGACACAAGGAGCCACUUAUUUAUUGAAGAAGUAUUGUUUUUAUAUUUAUAAACUGUUCAGAAACCCUCAGAAGAAACUCACGACUUCCCUUUCAACAGACUGCUCUCAAAUGGAAUGAGAAGUCUUCUUUUGGACAAAAGGAUGCUUUUUGGUUCAGUGUUUUCUUCUGUUUCUGAAAGCUUGCCACACUGCUGAUGCCAAAAUAAUUGUUCAGCAGCUGUGAAUUAGUAUAUAGCAUUGAGGCCUUAGGCUAACAAAUCCAGCAAUUUUAUUUGGAAGACUUGAUGCAUUAAUUCUCAUUUCUGAAGAGCUGGGAAGAUCUGGAGUGAUUGGAUUGCUUUUACUUAAAGUGUUGAAUAAAGUGUCAUUGGUUUACAGUUAAGGCAAGGGGUGGGGAAGAUAGAGGAGUUCUGGCUUUGUUUUGUUUUAGGUCUUCUUGGCCCAAGGCAAAUUUAUUCCUUUAUAGCUGACUAAUUUGUGGUUUCCUUCUUGAUUUCUUUCAAUCUAGAAGCCAGAAAAAAUCUUGAAAAGAAUUUAGUGGGGAUGUAAAGAAUAGCAGUUUUUUGCACUUAAAUCUUUGCCACUUGUAUUGUUCUUCAAAAUGUUGAUUUCUAGAAUGUGCUACCAGCUAUGAGUGGAUAAUGAUUUGCAAGCAGCUGUCCAUUCUCCCACAGCAGUGUAUUUCACAUGAUGAUUUACAUAUUUUCUUUGUUUUGCACAGCACGUGAGGAUGUAUGUGUGACAAUGUUAGGAAGGACUGGUAUUAUAUGCUUAAGUAGGCUUGUGUGAAGGUGUGGUGAGGUUCACUUCUGCAUUGGGGGAAGCAAAAGUUGUCUCCUUCCUCAUCUUUGUUUUUUCAGCAGGAAUUUCCCUCUCCAUGGUCUUCCCUCGGUACCUCAAGAAGUUUUCAUAUUAAAGCAUUAUAUAUUGCAAGUGUCAUAAAAUCACACACACACACACACACACACACACACACACACACACACACACACAGUCAAGAUCUCAUCUUAAAAAUUUGGGUCAUCAGAUCUGCCUGCAGGAAGUGCCCUGGCCUCCUUUGUUGGUUCACAAAGCAGAGAAUCUGAUUGGUUGCCUGCUGUGAUUUAUUUCUGGUCAGCUAAGGACUUAGCAGAGGUAGAGAUAGGUCUGGCAGUUGCCAGUUCCAGUGGUUUAAGUGCUACAGUUCUUUGGGUCACUUGUUAAAGAUGUGGUUGUCUGUGGCCAAUCCAAAUGAGACCAAUUUUGACACUAUAACAGACGAAAGCGAAUUGAGCAAGAAUAAAGUUGUGGAACCCUUGGAGGGUUGAAGACAGAUCUAAUUGUGUGGGGAACUUCUUAUGGGUCUCACUUCUCUGCAAAAGAGAUGAUGUUUCCGGAACCCAUUCAAAGCCACAUCCCAUAAAAUGGGAAAUCUGGUUUGAUCUGGGUCUUCCCAUAAUUGCCUUGCAAGUAUGUUAUGAAGAUGUGCCCAGCAGGGAUGUUUGCUGUUUUCAGUAAUAGGUGCUUUGUGAAUAUUUAGACGUAGUGAGUUGAAAAAGUCUCUUCUUUUUGAAAUCACUAAGCCAUUGAACACUUUGCGGUGAAGGAGUAAAUUGGUGAUACAAUUUACUCCAUGGGUUUGUGGUCAAAUCCUGGCUGUAGACUGUCGGCGGUUUCCCACUGCACCGCUUGCACUGAGCUUGGGUUACAGCUUUUGUCCUCAAAGGAGCAUGAAGCAGUAGGUGUGCACCUGCCUGCCUGAGGGAUCACAGAGCAAGUUUGUGUCUCACCUGCUGUUUGAAUACCUUCCAAGGUUCAGUUCUCCUUUGUUUUUGUCACUCCAUAGACUCUUUUUCGUCACUUGGAGACAAGCUUGUCUAGAAAGGGUCAAAGAUUUUCAGUAUCUUUCUCUGGUAGCUAAUGCCUUUGCUCAUGGUUUCGUUCCCUUAUGAGUUUUAUUUUGCGUUAGUCUCUAAAUUCUAUUACAAAAUGUGAACUUCCAAAGUAUGUUGUUUCUCCCAUGCUGCUGUGACUUUGGGCCACAUGGGGAAUCUCCUUAGUUUCCUGCAGCUUCCAGCAUGGAUACUAGUGCUUUAAAAGGGAAAAGUGCACAUCUUUAAAAGAAGAAGAAGAAGAAAGAAAAAGAAAAAGAAAAAAGAAAACCCUGCAGGAUAAAUUCUGAGUGUGAAUGUUCUACUGUCGCUUUUAGUUAUGAUUCUAGAGGGAGCUCUAAGACGAGUCACAGGACCAAGACUUUAACUGCACAGCUUAAAACCUUGCUGCCCCAAGGGGCAGCCCCGUUCCUUUGCCUUCAGUGUUAGACUGUUAACUGCUGUGUCUCAUUGCCUUUUUGGCCUUUGUUUUAUAAGAGGGUAUGCACUGUUGGGCCAUGUGCACAGAUACUGUAACUCUUGGUAUCUUUACCACAACAUAAUUAAUAAAUUUCUUUAUGCCUUC